UACGUAUUUGCGUCGGAAGUUACGUCCUGGCGCAUCACGCUCUGUAAUUCCCACUAUGCACCGCGUGAGCAUUUUGGUCCAGUUUAUUUCAGGGAGCUGUUGAGUUUGGUGAGCACCGGAGAAACACUGAAACAAGCGCAAUCCGAGCUCCAUCUUCCGGGUGAUAUACACUUAAAAACAAACAAGCAAUAAAAGCACUGUAUAAAACAUGAGGCUUCAGUUCCUAGCACAUCUCCCGAAAGGACUGUGAGUGUCUACAAGUCACCCACCCGUCUCUACGGAGGAUUCCCCCCUCCCCCGCCCGCCGAUCCGCACCGACCAGGCAAUGACAGCGGCCUCGGCAACCCCGCAGCAGAUGAGAGACCGGCUGCUGCAGGCCAUCGAUAGCCAGAGCAAUCAGAUCCGCAACAUGGUUGCGGUACUGGAAGUGAUUUCCUAUCUGGAGCGAUACCCCAUCACCAAAGAAGCCCUGGAGGAAACUCGACUGGGUAAGCUGAUCAAUGACGUGAGGAAGAAGACGAAGGACGAAGACCUUGCCAAACGUGCCAAGAAACUCCUGCGGAACUGGCAGAAACUUAUCGAGCCGGGCCAGGCAGAGGCUCCGCCCAGAGGGGCGGGGCCGGGAACGCCGGGCUCGGCCAAUGGCGGCGCUCACCCGUGUCGGGCGGACGCCACGCCCCCCAGGCUGUUGCCGGCGGCGAGGCCCGCCCCCGAGCUGAAAGGCCGGAACGACUUCCACAACACGUACUCCCCCAAGGCCGAGAAGGCGUCGGGCCGCAAGCGCAAGGGCGACGCCCACCACAGCCCCGCCCCUCCCGCCGCCAAGAUCGCCAAGGCGACGGCGGCGUACGAGCGGGUGUGCAACUCCACGCCGCCGCCCACCAACGGCGUCGGGGGCAGCCCCGAGUCCCUCCUCGCCCUGGGUGAGGCCGACGCCCAGCGGGCGGACCCUCAGGAGAGCGAGAAGCACAGCAGGAUCCCCGUGAACGCGGUGCGACCGUGUCCCAGCUCCCCCCCGCUGCCGGCCCGACCCCCCAGCGCCCCCCCGCUGCCGGCCCGACCCACCUGCUCCCCCGCGCUGCCCACCCAGCCCCCCAGCGCCCCCCUGCUGCCGGCCCGGCCCCCCAGCGCCUCCGCGCUGCUCAGAGCCGCUGUCAUGCAGCAGCACGCCAAGCCCUGCAGCCCCCGCCCGCCCCCCUGCCCCGCCCCCUCGCCCCUGUCACCGCCUCUAGCGUCCCCGCUCCCCGACUCCUCUCUGCACCGGUGGGCGGAGCCUCACCCCCCACAGACUCCGCCCCUGGCUCCGCCCCUGCAGGGGGGCUCCCCGACCCCGCCCCGGCCGGCCCCGGAGUGGGGCGGGGCGGCAGAGGCGGGGGGGCAGGUCGGCAGGGCGGAGAGCGACGGGGGCGGGGCCUCGGGCUCGGAGAGGGGCGGGAAGAGGCGCAAGAAGAAGUACCGGCCGCGGGACUACACGGUGAACCUGGGGGGCCAGGCGGCGGAGGAGCGGGCCAAGCCCGUGCGCUUGAAAGAGCGGCGGCUGACCUUCGACCCCACCACGGGGCAGAUCAAGUCGCUCACGCACAAGGAGCCCUGCCCCGGGGAGGAGCCCCUGGGCUCGGCCCCGCCCGAAUCCCUGCGGACAGCACCCCCGGCGCAGCCCCCGCACCCCCCCGCUGCCGGUCCCCCCCUCCCCAACCCCCUCCAGCAGACCAACUGGAAGGAACUUUCCAGAAACGAGAUUAUCCAGUUCUACCUGAACCUGCAGAGCAACGUGCUGACAUCGUCGGGGGCCCAGACGCCCGGGGCCCACUUCUUCAUGACCGAGUACCUGCAGCGGGAGGAGCGCCAUGGCAGGGAGGCCCGCAAGACGCACGUGCUGGUGCCCACCGCGCCGGACGCGGGCGUGCCCGGGGUCACCCGCGAGGUCACCCCCGACGACGUGCGCAGGGUCGGCGCCCAGCACUGGCCCGGGGUCAACGGUUGCCAUGACACCAAGGACAACUGGUACGACUGGACGCAGUGCAUAUCCUUAGACCCCCACGGGGACGAGAGCCAGCUGCACAUCCUGCCGUACGUAUGCCUAGACUGACCCCGCCCCCUCGGCCGGCCGUUUUCUCUCUUGUGCAAAAAGGAAACAAAAGGGGGAGGAGCUAUCGGGGAGAGGAGGGGGUGGGCGGUGGCUUACGCUCACCCCACCCCCGCCGUUCAAGCCAAUGAGGGGGACGGUGGUCCCUCUCCUCCCCUAUAGCGGGUGACCUUUUCCCGCGCGCCCACCAGGGGGCAGCGCAGGAAACGCUGGGCAGCCCGUCUGAAGGGGGCUACUCCCAACCAGGAAGUGCCAACAAGGGCUUAAGACCGGGGUCGACGGGAGGGCAGCGGCAACCCGCACGACCGCAGUCAUGGCAACGUCUGUCUGCGUAAGGGGUCAAAGGUUAAAGGACAGGGUAAGGGUUCGAGUGUGUCCGACUCGGGAAGCUGUGGAUCCUGUGUGGAAGUUACGUGCAGCUUCGCACGGCAGACAAAAACACGAGCGAACGAAAGAAUAAACGAAAGUUCCUUCUCAUGUAUGCAGCAUCUUAUUUAUUUGACCUUUAUUUUCCAUUACCCCUCUUUGUUUUGGAAAUUGACAAAAAAAAUUGAUAUGUGCAAAAAAAACAAAACAAAAAAAAAGCUGUAGAGCUGUUGUGUUUGCAUCACUCUUUCUGUUUGGCCUGUUCUGCGAGGAAGAAAAAAGACGACAGGAAAGGCCUCCAGGGUUUGCACGUUUUUUCUCACAAUAAACGGGUUGGCUAGUGUGGUAGCAACCAACAUUCCAUUACCCUCAUCCCCCCCACCCUACCUCACCCUACCCCACCACCCCUGACCUUUCCACCCCUCAUGUGAUGUCAUCCUCAUGCAUCACCACGCCCAGUCCUUUUUGCUCUGCAGAAAAGAUAUAUUUUUAAAAUGUGUUCUCAAUGCAAAAACGAGAAAAAAAAGGAAAAACUAAAAGAUGUAUUUUUUUAAAAAUCUGCUUUUUUCUCAUUUUUUUUGAUCUGAUUAAAAGUAUGAGAAAUAUUCUUUUGAUUUACAGUUUUCCCCCCCCCCCCCCCCCAGGAAGUGCAGGAAAACGCUAGUGAAAGGGUUUUGAAAAGGUAGCUGAACGGAGGGUGUUACUACAUUGCAACUUUUGUACUGUGAGGAAACGACAUUAAAAGCGAUACGUUUGUAUGCUGGAACUAUACUUGUUACCAUUCCUUUAGAUAUUGUUUGCCUUACGGGAAUCCAUCACAACAGUUUUUUGCAAAAAUUAACGAGCCUUAGUGAAUGUACAGGUAUUGGGCUUCUGCGUACGGUCAGACGUGGGAGGGAACAACUUUGCUAAUUGGUCCUUUUACAUGGACACGUGAUAUAAAUGUGUAAAUAAAAAAUGAAAGAAA